AGAAACACCCCCCCUUCCAAAUUCCACUUCUCCAUUCUCUCUUUUCCUUCUUUUACCCCAUUAAGCUUCUUAAUCUGCUUUCCCUAAAAAUAAUCUCAUUUAAGAUAUUUUAUCGGCUAAUAAUACAAUUGAUCAAUCAAGAAAUUAAGCAAUGGCUGGCGGAGGAGUCGUCGGCCGCCCCAACGGAAAAGCCUACCCCGGGAACCUCACUCUCUAUGUCACCAUUACUUGCAUCGUCGCCGCCAUGGGCGGCCUCAUUUUCGGUUACGAUAUCGGUAUCUCCGGAGGAGUGACGUCAAUGGACACGUUCUUGGAGAGGUUCUUCCCGUCGGUGUACCGGAAGAAGAAGAGCGACCGGUCGACGAACCAGUACUGCAAAUUCGACAGUCAAACCCUGACGAUGUUCACGUCAUCCUUGUACUUGGCGGCGCUGCUGUCUUCCCUGGUGGCGUCGACGGUGACCAGGAAGCUUGGCCGGAGACUGUCCAUGAUGUCCGGCGGCGUUCUCUUCUGCGCCGGAGCUCUCAUCAACGGCCUUGCCCAGAAUGUCGGCAUGUUGAUCGUCGGCCGUAUUCUGCUCGGUUUGGGUAUCGGAUUUGCCAAUCAGGCAGUGCCGCUGUACCUAUCAGAAAUGGCACCCUACAAGUACAGGGGAGCCCUCAACAUAGGGUUCCAACUCUCCAUCACAGUGGGCAUUCUGGUGGCCAACGUCCUCAACUACUUCUUCGCCAAGCUCCACCAGGGCUGGCGCCUCAGCCUGGGCGGCGCCAUGCUCCCCGCCCUCAUCAUCACCCUCGGCUCCCUCCUCCUCCCGGAGACCCCCAACUCGUUGAUCGAGCGCGGGAACAGGGAGGAGGCCAGGGACAAGCUGCGGCGGAUCCGCGGGGUGGACGACGUGGAGGAGGAGUUUUCCGACCUGGUCGCCGCCAGCGAGGCCUCCAGCCUCAUCGAGAACCCCUGGAGGAACCUCCUCCAGAGGAAGUACCGCCCCCAGCUCACCAUGGCCGUCCUCGUCCCCUUCUUCCAGCAGCUCACCGGGAUCAACGUCAUCAUGUUCUACGCGCCGGUGCUGUUCACCACCAUCGGCUUCGGGGACGACGCCGCCCUCAUGUCCUCCGUCAUCACCGGCGGGGUCAACGUUCUUGCCACCAUGGUCUCCAUUUACUACGUCGAUAAGCUCGGCCGGAGGUUCCUGUUCCUCGAGGGCGGCUUCCAGAUGCUCAUCUGUCAGGUGGCGGUGGCGAUCCUGAUCGCGUUGAAGUUCGGGGUGAAGGGGGACCCAGGGGACCUGCCGAAGUGGUACGCCGUGGUGGUGGUGGUAUUCAUAUGCACGUACGUGGCGGGGUUCGCGUGGUCGUGGGGGCCACUGGGGUGGCUGGUCCCGAGCGAGAUCUUUCCCUUAGAGAUCCGGUCGGCGGCGCAGAGCAUCACGGUGUCGGUGAACAUGAUCUUCACCUUCGUGGUGGCGCAGCUCUUCCUCAUGCUCCUCUGCCGCCUCAAGUUCGGCCUCUUCGUCUUCUUCGCCUUCUUCGUCGUCCUCAUGACCGUCUUCGUCUACUGGUUCGUCCCCGAGACCAAGAACGUGCCCAUCGAGGAGAUGGCGGUUGUCUGGAAGGAGCACUGGUUCUGGUCUAGGUUCAUGGCCGACGUCGACUACCCCCAAUCCGCCGCCGCCGAAGGUAAGGGCGGCGCUGUUCAGAUGGGAACUGGUGAUGCUUACAAGAGAGUAUGAAUGAAGGAUAGAAAUAUUAUUGAUGUGUCAAUUAAGUUCUCAAGUGUUUAGGAAAUUAAAUUUCAAUUAUGUCUUGUAUGUGAUCUCAAAGGAUGUGGGAAGCAAAUAUAUACCCCAACCACAUAUAUAUGAAUAUACAUAUAUGUAGCAUACUACUCCCUCCGUUCUAAAAUUAAUUUCUCAGUUUGACUUUUGCAGUCAAAUUUUUUAAACUUUGACCGUAAAUUAAGAAAAAAAUACAUUGAAUUUUC